CCCUCGUUCAUCUUCGACGUUCUUCUUCCUCCUGAAGGCGGCAGCAGACCACCACGGUGCCCGCGCCUCAAGAGAAGCAACAGCCGUUGGGAAGUUCUUGUAAUUACCGACGUCGAAUCAGGCUCCGCAGAUUUCCCUUCUGUCUUUUGUGUUCGCCUCACGAUGUUCUGUUAGGGAAACACACCGACUCGCAAAACCCUAGAGGUUCUUGAGAGAAUGAGAGCCAGUACCCUGGAACCCUAAACAGGACGAACGUUUCGCCUAGUUUAGAGUUGGGUUCAACCUCUUUUUUUUCCAUGGCAGCAGACGUAGCCUUGGAUUUCGAUGCCUCGAAUCCGUGCUGCACGAAGCUUAAGAAAAAGUUCCAGAAGUUGGAGGCAAGCAGGAAUGCUCUUCGCCAAGCAGUGCAUAUCCUCGAGCAACAAGUUGAUAAACUGGAAGGCGAGAAUGCCAAGCUUCAAAAAGUUUGUCAGCAACAUGAGGAUUUGGAACCUGGAAAAAAAGCAAAUGAAGAAGAACCAGGUAUCAUACUUAAGUUGGAGAAGGAAAUUUAUGAUUUGAAGGCUGAGAUAACUGCUUAUCACCAACAGGAAACUAAAGUUCAUGGUAAGAUGCCGGAUGUUUGUAUCUCUGAAAGGGAUGUAGAGAUAAAAUUGUUGAAAGAAGAACUUGUAAAAGAGAAAGAAAGAGGUGAUUCUGAGAAGAAGAGAGCUGAAGUUGAGAAAAAAAAAGCUGCAGAGGGAAGAAAGCUGCUUGAAACAGAGCAAAGGAAAGCUCAAGAACAAAGGAAACUAGCAGAGACUGAACGAAAGAAAGCUGAGGAGCUUGAACUUUCUCUGGUUAGAUUAAGAACUGAACUUACUGAUGCCAAAACAAAAAUAACGAUGGAGAAAAAGCUGUUUGAAACAGAGAAAAGGAAAGCUGAAGAACAAAGGAAGCUAGCCGUGACUGAGCAAAAGAAAGCUGAGGAGCUUAAACCUUUUUUGGAGAGAUUAAGAACUGAACUUACUGACAUCAAAACAAAAUUAAUGACGGAAAGAGCAAAAACCCAGGAACUGGACAAAUCAAUUGAAGCAGAAAAGCAUAAGACUAUGAUAGAAAAGAACCAUGCUGAUUUCGAGAGGGGUAAAUCUAAAGAGCUAAGUAGUUCUUUGGAAGCACAAUGCAUAGAGUUGAGAGAGCAAAAGAUCAAUGUUGAGCGUAUGAAGCAAAUGCUGGAGGACAGGAAUAAAAAAAUAGAAGACCUAGAAAAGAAGUUAAACAAGGUCAUGUCAAAUCUAGGGUCUGCCCAUGACAAAAAAAUGAAGCUAGUUUCAAGUGAUGAAGUGGGUAUUAUCAGGUCUCUUAAACAACAACUCAAGUUUGAAAAGAAACGAGUAAAAUAUGCAAAAAGAAUGGUUAAGCUUGAAAAGGCGGAGAAGGUGGUUAUUGUCCAACAAUUACAUCUCGUACAGCAGGACUUUAUGCAACUCUCUUGUCACCUUAAGAUGCUUGGUGAUCAACUGUCUCACAGAAAUGAAGGUACACACGGCUUUGCAAAGGUUGAUGGAUCAGGUCUUAAAUUAAAUUUACGAUCAGCACUUCAUAGUUCACAGAGUGAUCUUCUACAGGGCAAGUUGUACAAAGGUUCACCCUCUAGCCCUGGCUCGUUUAGAAAAUGCUGUCAUUUUGAUGUAUCUGGAGGACAGUGCAUAAGAUCAAUUGCAGGUACUCAGUUUGCAUUGGAGUCUGUUGGUAGAAAUUCUUUUGGAAACAAGCAACAGAGCUCUACAGUCUGUUCCACUUCUGCAACUUGUUCUGAUAUGAUGAGUUUACAGGGAAUAGAUGCUGUAUUUUUAGCAACCCGCAAUACACAAGACAAAAGGCCUGUUGUUGAAGAAUACAAGGUUACAGAUAAAGUAUUUUUUGUUAAUGGAAAGAAAAGGGAGAAGCAAGAAUUGCUGGGCCUAGAUAAUUCGUUCUGUUAUAAGGAUAAACAUUUUCAUAAGGAUCCACUGCCAUCUGUUUCUGAAGGAAACAAAGUUUCAGAUAGUGUUGAAGUUCAUGUUGGUAGCAAGAAAAGGAAGAAGAGGGAUCCAGGGGCAUUAGAUAAAUCAUCCUGUCAUAAGAAUACAGGUUUUCAUAAGGAUCCACUCACAUCUGUUUCAGAAGGAAAGAAAGCUACGGGUAACAUAGUUGAUGUCACUGGCAAGAAAACCAGGAAGCAGGAUCCAUUGACAUUGGAUAAAUCAUUAAGUGACAAGGAUAAACAAUUUCAUAUUGGCAAAACAGAACUACCAACAGGAAGAAAGCUAAUCAGAAAUCCUGUUGGUCUUCCCAAACCAAAUUCCCAUGCAAAAAAUGGAAUCCCAAAAACUUCUAAUAAUUGGAGAGGACAACUUGCUGAAAUUCACGAUGGUAUGUGUGGAAAGUUUCAAGGAAGUCUGAAGAACUCAAAAGAUAAGCAGGAAACAUCAUGUCUACAAUGUUCUAAUCCUGGUCAAAUGCAUCAAUCAGAGAACAAUUACCCUAUGGUGUCAUGUAAUGCCAAUAAAUCAUCAUCUAUAUCACUCAUAAUGAAGGAAGUUAAUCCUUCAACUAGAGAAGAGGAUAUUGGUGCUAUCAGUGAUAAUCAGGCUGAUUUUGUUUGUUCUAAGAAUAUAAAUUUGCAGGAUUGCAUGACUCUGCUCAUGUUGGAUAAUGAGGAUGAUGAGAGACGGUACAUGGAAGCAGUUGAAAGGCCUGUUUCACCUACUUUACCUGAAAUCAGAAUUUCCAAUGGAGGAAAGGAUCAGUCUCACUGUUUGGUUGACAGCAUUUUCAGGAAACCUAUAUCUGAAGUUACUUGUGAACCUUGUUGCUAUUUUGAUGUUAUUGACUUGGAAAUUAAUUCAAACAAGUUGGAAUUGUUGACACCAAACCCUCCAGUACCAAAGGAUGCUAUAGGUGUCAUUCAUGCGUCUGAAGAUUCAGAACCUGAUUCUGUUCUUGAAAGUCAGAGAGAUUUAAACAAAAAUGAGAUUCAACCUUUAGUUUCAAAAUGUACUCAAGGUUUUGUUCAUACUUCUGAAGAAUCAGAACCUAAUUGUGCUCUUAUAGUUCAGAGAGAUUUACACAAUACUGAGCCUCUUGAAAAAAGUGUACAAAAAUUUGACCAUGGGGAGACUAUGUCUCUGGCUGUUGGAAAGGCAUUCUGUGACAGGGUGGUAACCGUUGCUGGCCAAUCUCUGAUGUCAGAUGAUUUUCUUGGUGCUGGAAAAGUUGACAACAACCAAGUUUCAAAUUACAAUGUAGUGGCCAGAAGUGACAGUCGUGUGCAUUUAUCUGCCAGCCAGGAGGUACAAAAUCCACAUGGAAACACUGCUUCGCUUGAAAAUACAAACUGGUGCUGUGUCGUCUUUUCAGAUUGCAAGGAUGAAAGCAUAUCACGAAUAGUUCAAGCUAGAAAUAUCGUUGCAUCUCAAAAUUUUAGAAGUUCUCAGGUGGACUGCAGUAUUGUUGAAGUCCUACAGAGCUUAAAAUCUCUGUCAGAGCUCCAACCAGAGGAAAAGGUCUGUGUUUUCUUUUCAUUGAUGUUGGGCAACAUUUCUGGUAGACUACGUGCUUAUCCUGAAAGCAUGAUGGCCAGCAAUAUUCUACAGUUUGCUAAAUCUUUGUCCGUGGAGAUUGAUAAAGUGUUUUCUGAUGCAACAACUUGCCAGCUAUUUUUAGAAGUUUGCAAGAUAGAUGUGUUAUUGGACCUACUAGAAGAUUUUAUUAUCAAGAGAAGGAUUUUGAUGUGCAAGGGUGUGGAGUCUGAGCAAUCAUGUUCAGUUUUAUCUAGCAAUUUUUUUCAUGCGAAAUGUGGAGACAUGUUUGUGACCCAGAAUGCUGCUAAAACCAAUCAGCUGUUGGCUACUAGCAUCUUUUGUGCAUCCAUUUGUUCUAUGCUUGACCAAAUAGGCUUUCUUGUUGAAACUUCUUAUAAAGUUCUUACGCACUUUAAAUGUGAUACAAGUUGCAAUUUGUUGAUAUUGCACAUAUUUGCUCUAGUAAGUGGUGAGAAGUUUUUUACUAUGGAGAAAUACAGUUUUCUUGCAAUUGUCUUAAAAUCAGUCAUUUCCAUUCUCGAGGAAGGAUAUGAAACAAUGCCUUCUGGUCAUUUGACUUCAGAUGUGGACAUCAGUUUUUCUCCUUGCGAACAAUGUCCUUUCUCCAAAGAGAUAGCUUGCACAGAAAAAAUCACUUCUUCAUUGAUGGAUAUACUGCAUGAUUUUGCUUUUUCUGGGAAUUCAUCAACGAGCUCUAUAUUUCCCUUGUCACGGGAGCCAAUUGCUGAAAGUUCUCAUGGUGCAGAAGACAGCAUCCAUUGCUCAAGAGUACAUGACAAGUCUAAUCAAUGUGAAUCUUCAUGUGCGUUAUUUAAGCACAGAUGUCAUGCUGAUCAAACAUCCAGUUCCACUCCUGAAAGGGUAACCAAUUAUGCUCCAAUGAAGCCCCUCUGCUACAUCAUUGAUGUUGUUUCUGCAAUUGAACUUUUCAGCCUCUACAUGGGUUGGAAAUGGACAUCUGACAAUAUUCUACCACGAAUUCUUGCAAUGCUAAAAUUAUGUCCAUCAAGUGAAUUUUCAGUUGCUGCUGUGGUUUUGAUUGGUCAACUUGGAAGGUUUGGUGUUGAUUAUGGAGGUUAUCAGGAGAUAAGUGUUUCACAACUGAGGUGCAAUUUAUCUUCUUUGCUCAAAGCUUCUUUACAUGGGAAAAACAGCCUUCCAAACCAACUUGCUAUCAUUAAUGCUCUGGUUAAUCUUCUUCCCUUGAGUUUUAAGGAAAUUGUGGACAGAAACCAUGAGCAUUUAGUCGAUGCUGCUGAUCAAUUUCAAGAAAUCAAAGUAGUGAAGGAGUGGUUUGCUCAGCUGGAUAAGAAAAUGCAAGUUAUAGUGCUGAAUUUUUCUGGUCAUGCUGUUUGAUCGGGGCACUGGUUUUUUGGGUUGCUCGGGCAUCUGCAGAUUGAGUUGCCGUGACCCAUUGACUGAGGUUUUUUCUGCCGCAACAUACUGUUUUUUGGUGAAGUAAAUUCUU